AAGGAAUAUUUAGGACUGCCAUGUUAGAUCUGCUGUCCAAGAUAGUCGGUGCUGGCCUGGGUAUUGGCCUGGUCUCCUAUACAGGUUCAUCAUCCGAUCUCUUUCUGCAGCUUCACUACUGUUCGAUAGCCUUAACACAAAAGAAGAAAGUCCUUUUAAUUAGCAGCAAUUUGAAUGAAUCACAAUAUAGGCAGAUUUUUGCUAAAUUGGCUAUACGCUGGAUACCCACGUUGAUCUCUGUGUUGGAGUUGGAUAGCUUCUUCGGAUCCGACCUAUGCGUCGAUGUUGAUAGAUUGGAAGAGGAAUUGAUUAAGCUUCUCGAUUCCGACUCUGCCCCGUCUCUACUAAUUUUCGAUGACGCUAGUGUAUUGGAAAGGAUCGGCAUGAAAUCUUCGGCAGUCGUAUGCCUUUUACACAGCCUCUAUAAUCGGCUACCAGCGGAUGGUCUCUUGCUGGCAUCUUUUUCGAUGAGAACCAAAGCUUUCUACGCAAUGGAUAGCAAAGGAGACUUCGUAAUAGACGUCAGUCCUAUUGGAUUAGGCUUUGGGAAAGACGUUAAUGGAAAAAUGAAGAUUACUGUGUGGAGGACAGAUACGAUACCAAAUGUCACGGAACUGCUGUACACCACUGGUGACCGUUCCAUCAAAUGUUUUUAUCCCGGAGCAAAAUCCUUCAUGGCAAUGUAG